CCGCCACCGCGGGGAAGCCGGCCGCUCCCGGGGCUCGGCGCGGUCGGGGAGCCGGAGGGCGGCCCGUGUGAGUGUGAGCGCGCGCGCGCCCCGGAGCCUCGCGGUGCGCCGAGACUGCUCCUCCUCGCCUUUUGGGGGGUAAAGUGGGGGCGUGUCCCGGGCGCCGAGCGUCUGAGUGUCCAGUCCUAGCGGGGGAGCGUGUGUGUGCUUGCCCCUGCUCCACCUCCCGCUUCGGCCCCUCGCUGGGGUUCUCGGCUGUCCUUUACCCCUUCUGCCUCCCUCCCUGGGCUGCCUGCCCAAACCCCAACCACCUGUGCACCCAACUCCUCCCGCUCCGCGCCCCGGGGGGGAGGCAGGGGCAGGGCCACGCCGCAGAGGGGGCUGCCGCCGCCUCCUGCCUCCUAGUCGUCUCCUCCCCCUCCCCCGUCUGACGCUGCCGCCUCGGGAAGGGUGUUUGGAGGGCAGCGGCCGCCCCAAGCCGAAGCCCCGCAGCGCUUUCUUAUGAUCAGCUCGGUGUGUGUCUCCUCCUACCGCGGGCGCAAGUCGGGGAACAAGCCUCCGUCCAAAACAUGUCUGAAGGAGGAGAUGGCCAAGGGCGAGGCGUCGGAGAAGAUCAUCAUCAACGUGGGCGGCACGCGACAUGAGACCUACCGCAGCACCCUGCGCACCCUACCGGGCACCCGCCUCGCCUGGCUGGCUGAUCCGGACGGCGGGGGCCGGCCCGAGUCCGAUGGCGGCGGCGCGGGCAGCAGCGGCAGCAGCGGCGGCGGGGGCUGCGAGUUCUUCUUUGACCGGCACCCGGGCGUCUUUGCGUACGUGCUCAACUACUACCGCACGGGCAAGCUGCACUGCCCCGCCGACGUGUGCGGGCCGCUCUUCGAGGAGGAGCUCACCUUCUGGGGCAUCGACGAAACCGACGUGGAGCCCUGCUGCUGGAUGACCUACCGGCAGCACCGCGACGCCGAGGAGGCGCUGGACAUCUUCGAGAGCCCAGACGGAGGCGGCGGUGGCGCGGGACAGGGUGACGAGGUCUGCGACGAGGAGCGGGAGCUGGCCUUGCAACACCUGGGGCCCCACGAGGGAGGCGCGGGCCCCGGCGCCGGGUCCGGGGGCUGCCGUGGCUGGCAGCCCCGCAUGUGGGCCCUCUUCGAGGAUCCCUACUCCUCCAGGGCGGCCAGGGUGGUGGCCUUUGCCUCUCUCUUCUUCAUCCUGGUCUCCAUCACCACCUUCUGCCUGGAGACCCACGAGGCCUUCAACAUCGACCGCAACGUGACGGAGAUCCACCGAGUGGGGAACACCACCAGCGUGCACUUCCGGCGCGAGGUGGAGACUGAGCCCAUCCUGACCUACAUCGAGGGUGUGUGCGUGCUGUGGUUCACGCUGGAGUUCCUGGUGCGCAUCGUGUGCUGCCCGGACACGCUGGACUUCGUCAAGAACCUGCUGAACAUCAUCGACUUCGUGGCCAUCCUGCCCUUCUACCUGGAGGUCGGGCUGAGCGGCCUGUCGUCAAAGGCGGCCCGCGACGUGCUGGGCUUCCUGCGGGUGGUGCGCUUCGUGCGCAUCCUGCGCAUCUUCAAGCUCACGCGCCACUUCGUGGGGCUGCGGGUGCUGGGCCACACCCUGCGCGCCAGCACCAACGAGUUCCUGCUGCUCAUCAUCUUCCUGGCGCUGGGCGUGCUCAUCUUCGCCACCAUGAUCUACUACGCCGAGCGCAUUGGCGCCCGGCCCUCCGACCCGCGGGGCAAUGACCACACCGAUUUCAAGAACAUCCCCAUCGGCUUCUGGUGGGCGGUGGUCACCAUGACGACGCUGGGCUACGGGGACAUGUACCCCAAGACGUGGUCGGGGAUGCUGGUCGGGGCGCUGUGUGCGCUGGCCGGGGUGCUCACCAUCGCCAUGCCCGUGCCCGUCAUUGUCAACAACUUCGGCAUGUACUACUCCCUGGCCAUGGCCAAGCAGAAGCUGCCCAAGAAACGGAAGAAGCACGUGCCACGGCCGCCCCAGCUCGAGUCUCCCAUUUACUGCAAGUCCGAGGAGACCUCGCCCCGGGACAGCACCUACAGUGACACGAGCCCCCCUGCCCAGGAAGAGGGCGUGGUCGAGAGGAAGCGGGCAGAUUCCAAGCAGAACGGCGAAGCCAACGCGGUGCUGUCCGACGAGGAGGGAGCCGGCCUCACCCAGCCCCUGGCCUCCGCCCCUAGCCCCGAGGAGCGCCGGGCCCUGCGCCGCUCCGGCACCCGGGACAGAAACAAGAAGGCGCCUGCCUGCUUCCUGCUCAGCGCGGGGGACUAUGCCUGUGCUGAUGGUCGUGUCCGGAAAGAGACCUGCCAAGACGCCCUCUCGUCCAACUAUGCCCAGGCUGAAGUCCUCACCCUCUCUUAAAGCGGCACCAACGUGAGAGAGACAGGCAGACAGACAGAAAGCCAGAGGCUUAGGGACACUCUGGAACCCAGGCAAGAAUCUCUCGCUGGGGAAGACUCAGAUAUCCUUGUUUGCACAAGACUGAUGGAAACCUCCCGUGUGACCCUCGGGGCCCGGAGCCAUCCGGGUCUGAUGUUUUGUUCUGUUGUACAUUGAAGAGAUAUAUAUGCACAUAUAGUAUCUAUAUUCAUACAUACUAUACUCUUGUGUGUAGUGCACGUGCUAUUAUUGGUGGUCUGUCUUUGUUCGGCUGUCUCCCCAAGCCCUUGACCCUCCCCCGGACCCCCAUCCCCUUCCCUUGACUGAUUCCCUGUUUCUGCUGUACGUGUGUGGGGGGUGUCCUAGGAGAAGUGGGCCUGGGAACUGCCAGUCCAGCUGGGUGGUCCCAGGCUAGACUCUGUUGGGGGUAUGUCCCCUGUGGGCCAGUGGCCUGUGGAAGGCCAGAUCGCCCCCUUGGGUCACUGCCCCACUAGCCCCACCCCACCCCAGAUUGGGGUUCUACCUCCCACCCCACGCCCCAGUUGUGGGGGGACUUCCAGGGGCUUCUCUGCAGCUUCUCCCCCUUCCCCCUCUUCCCUGUGUCCUUGACGGAGGGGGCAUUUUGUCUUUUUUAAAAUUUUUGAUUUUUCUGUCUCCCUCGUCCAUCUGUUUUUAAAGAUGCUGCUGGGCAGACGGGCAGGGAAGGGGUCUGUCUGCCCAUCGGGCUCAGGGGUCUGAGAAGGGGAAGCCUUGGGCGAGCGGAGACCAGUUGCAAUACUGUACUUCCUGGCCGGUGGCCAGAGGACGCGUGCAAUAGCAGAGGCCAGGUGACCCCUUCGACCUCGGCCUCUGCCCCUCCCUCGGCCCCCCCGCCCCGCUCCCAGCCUGCCCUGCCUCCCCGGUGUCGGUCCUUUUCUAAAGCUGUCCGCUCUCGCGUGUCUGAGGCAAGCCUCGGCCGGGGGCCCUGGCGCCCUGGCGCCCUGUCUGCAUGCCUUCGACUGUCAUGCUGUGCUCCAUGCUCAAUAAAGACACCCGGAGCGUCCCGCCGCU